AUGGAGGAACCGACAGAUGAUGCCAUUCGAGAGCUUAGGUGGCAACUGGAAAGCGCAGCAAUAAAAUGUUCAGAGCGUUGUCUCUACCAAUCGGCAAAAUGGGCUGCCGAAAUGCUUGAUUCACUCCGGACUCUACACCAUGAAGACACCGAUGUCGAGUCACCCAUGGACAUCAAUGAUCUUGCACCACCGCCUACCAACCCUUAUCUACCUGUGCGGGAUCUUACAGAAGCAAGCCUUGAAGCGCAGGAAUCCUACAAAUACCUACUAGCCAAAUCCUACUUCGACACCCGUGAAUAUGACCGCUGUGCGGCCGUUUUUCUCCCUCCAACAACACCCCCUGUUCCUUUAUCAGUCACCUCACCCAACUCGAAGUCUAGACAACCAAAAACCUCGCAAAAGGGCAAGGACAAGGCAUCGCCAUUCCAGGGCUCAAAGGCCCCAACACACCAGAAUCCAUAUCCAAAACUCAGUCAAAAGUCACUCUUUCUUGCACUGUAUGCGAAAUAUCUAGCUGGAGAAAAGAGAAGAGAGGAAGAAACAGAGAUGGUCUUAGGCCCAGCAGACGGCGGCAUGGCUGCCAAUCGGGAAUUGCCAGGUCUAGCACGAGGGCUGGAUGGAUGGUUGAAGGAUCGAAGUGCACAAGGGUUGGAAGACCAAGGUCAGGGGUGGCUGGAGUAUCUUUACGCCGUUGUUCUGUUGAAAGGACGCAACGAAGAGCUAGCCAAAAAAUGGCUUCUCCGCUGUGUGCAUCAGAACCCAUAUCACUGGGGUGCUUGGCAAGAGUUGAACGAUCUUCUCGCUAGCACAGAGGAUUUGAAACAAAUCCUUGGUUUGCUCCCGCAGAAUGUCAUGAGCAUCAUAUUCUACGUUUACUGCAGCCAGGAGCUGUACCAGGAUACAGACGAGACUUACAGAGCCCUUACUGAACUGGAGUCUACCUUCCCAGGGAGUGCAUUCUUAAAAACCCAACGCGCACUGCUGUGUUAUCAUUCAAGAGACUUUGAGGAGGCAUCUAAAAUAUUUGAAGGCAUCCUGGCAACAUCACCCCACCGCCUAGACAGCCUUGAUCACUAUUCAAACAUUCUUUACGUGAUGGAUCACCGACCUCAACUUGCCUUUGUUGCUCAGGUCGCAACAGCCACAGACAAGUUCCGCCCAGAAACAUGUUGUGUUGUCGGAAACUACUACUCUUUGAAAUCCGAGCACGAGAAGGCAGUAAUGUAUUUCAGACGUGCGCUCACGCUUGACCGCAACUUUUUGUCUGCCUGGACCCUCAUGGGACAUGAAUACAUCGAGAUGAAAAACACACAUACCGCCAUCGAAUCAUACCGGCGGGCUGUAGAUGUCAACCGCAAAGAUUAUCGCGCCUGGUAUGGUCUUGGGCAGGCCUACGAAGUCUUGGACAUGUCAUUCUACGCUCUUUUCUACUACCAACGCGCUGCCGCACUACGCCCCUACGACCCGAAGAUGUGGCAGGCAGUGGGCUCUUGCUAUGCAAAAAUGGGCCGGAUGGAGCAAAGUAUCCAAGCUCUCAAGCGGGCGCUGGUGGCUGGAUCAUCUAACGUGGAUGACGGUGGCAACGCAGCAAGCUCUGGCGCUGGAUCUCGGAAGAUUCUUGACCCAGAGACUCUUCACCAAAUCGCAACAUUGUACGAGCGACUUGGCGACGAAGACGAGGCUGCUGCUUACAUGGAACUCACUCUACAACAAGAGUCAGGGGCUCCUCCUGGCGAGAACAAUAGCGACGACGAGGACUGCUCGUCUUCCUCAGAACAAGCCGCUGAAAGUGAUGCUGAAAUCGAGCCCCCAGAGGAUGAGGAUGUUGAUACCUCACGAAAACGUCGUCAAAAGCGCAAGGCCCAUGCCAAGACCGAGUCGUUUGGUAUCAACAAUGAUGACUCGAUUAACAGCGAGUCAUGGCAUGGCACUGGCGUUACUGCAACCACAUCUAAAGCACGGCUGUGGCUGGCACAGUUCGCAUCAAGGAAUGGUGACCUAGACCGUGCAGACCAGCUGGCGAGUGAGUUAUGCCAAGAUGGUAUCGAAGUGGAGGAGGCUAAGGCUUUGAUGAGAGAUGUGCGGGCGAGAAGAGAAGACGCAAGCUAG